AGUAUCGGCGCUCGUUCAGUGAUAGCUCUCGCUUAAACGUGUCGACACGCAAACUCCGUCGCUCGUGUCAUUUAAUUAUUCGACGUAGCGUGAUACGGCGAGCUUCGUUUAGGAAAUAACAAUGCCUGGUUACAGAUGGACGAGAUGGCCGGCGCCCUACGCCGAUUCUCGCAUGCUGAUCUCGAUCGGCAGGGACUUGGACGGGACGAAUCUCGUCGUAGGACGCGCCAUGCAUCAGGGCGACAUGCUGCCGGCGAAGGCGAAGCCGGAGCACGGGGUCGCUUACGUAUGCUACGGAGGUGUUGAGCACACAAAACACGACUUUGAGGUGCUGAUGCCCGCCCAUUUCAAUUGGAUUCCUACGGGUCACGGCCACGUACCGGAACACGCGGUGGAGGCUGGGAGGACCGUGAACGGAGAGAUGCUCUACGUCGGCCGUACUUUCCACAACGGUGUGCCGUGCGUAGGAAAGGUUCAGAGAAGUCACGGUGUCAUGUACUUCCCGUUCGAUGGCAAGGAAAUGCCGUGCAGGGACUACGAGGUCCUGGUGCAAUAUUGAAUUCUAUCUGUGAUCGCGUUUGUCAAGUGUAACGCAACCAGGUACCUUUGUUUCAAAUUAUUAACAUCGUUAAAUAAUGGAUUAGCUAAUUAAUUGCGGAAGAGAUUCUGUCCUGUAAAAAUUUCGAAGAGGCUCAAACUGUUUUAUAUUGUAUUUACAGAAGACAGAUUCCGUACAAUAUUCUUUUCAAUAUAUGUACAUUGUUGUUAUUUCGUA